CUGGAGGAAGGCGUCCGUCGCCUUGAUAGGAUGACGUUUAGGUUCAUUUUUCGAUCCCUCUACCAUAACACCGGAUCAGGAACCACAUGGACCGGCCGGAAGAUAUUCCCGGCGCGGUGAACGGUAGAGGCAUGCAACUACUUUGCUGCAAAAUGUCGUUGCUUCAAUUGAUGAGGAAACGAGGACCUCCGGUUGAACAACGCCUUAUGGCCACCAAAACUAGAGCAUUUAACAGCAUAGAAACCAUGAGCUUCUGCCGGUACACUCGGUGCUACCACGACCGACAACGCGGCUCACUGUCGAAGUCGACUUGCAUAUACCCUACACCCAGCCUCGUUGACGCGGCAUUGAAAUCCAGGGUGGAAAGCGACAUUUGCAUUUUUUUUUUUUUUUCAGCAACGACUGGUGUAGAAGACAGAAGGAUCACUAGCAAACGUUCGGAAGACGGACCGGUUUUACCUUCGAGUCGACAUGCCAAUCGCUCCCAGCCGCCGGGCAGUUCAAUGUUCAGCACGUACAGUAGAUCUGUUGAGUGUAAUCCAAAGAAUGACUUUUUCAACCUUCAGCACUGCGUAUUCAUCCCUCUUUACCUUGCUUUUUCCCUACUUCUUCAUAGUAGUGCCCAUCAAGAACAUCGAUGCUCAACAAUGUCCUUGAGCUCGUACAUCAAGUGCAGCCCUCCCUUCGCGCAGCUCAACUGUAUACCUCUAAGAUAAAGCUUCUGGAAGAUGAGAUCCAAACCAUCGAGAACUCUAUUGCAAGCGCCAACAGUCCACGAGUUGCCUACACCAACUCGGGAUCGGGUUUCCAGUCAAUUCAUUCUAGCCGUGGCACUCAGAACAACAACAAUGGUAGCGGGUUGUUCGUUAACGGCCCCUCUCCGUAUCCGCAAACUUCCACUGGGGAGGAUCCCUUCAGCCAGCUGAGCCAAAACCUGCUCCCUGAUAGCCAAACCUCAGGGUGCACAUGCUCGGCUUGAUUAGCCCCGCGGAGAGCCAACGGCAGGCUAUCUAAGAUGUUGCUGGGGAG